AAUUGAGAAGACUUUUUUUUUUAUUUAUCAUGGAAAUUCAAAAAAAGAAGACUCAACCUAGCCGUAAGGGCAAGAAGGCAUGGCGUAAAAAUGUAGAUAUUACAGACGUAGAAGAAGCUCAAGAAGAAUUGCGUGCCAUUGAAAGAGUGGUUGGUCAUAAUGAACAAUUAAAGGAUGAAGAGCUUUUUACUAUUGAUGUCGCAGGUGAUAGUACAGUCAAACGUCAACUUGCUAAAGAUAAACCUCUCCGUGUGGAUGAAAUCUUGGCUCAACGAUCAGCCGUGCCUACUGUUCAAUCAAAGAACCCAUUUAAAAAGCCAGAAAUGACAGACAAGGUGGCUUCUAAGCAUGAAUAUAAGACAUUGAAGCGUAAAAUCGAAAACAAUGCACCCAUUGCACCUAAAAAGAAGAAUAAGGCAGCUCAACAAAAGAAAUAUGAUCUUUGGGAUGAUGCACCUAUGGAAGAAGCACCUGUGAAUGAUUUCUUGCCUAUUGAGGCUAAAUUAAAGGCACCCAAGACAUUGAAUGAAAAACCUGUUGCAUUAGAUCACAUUCCUGCUGUUCAAACACCUGAAGGUGGCCAUUCAUACAACCCUACAGUAGAAGAGCAUCAAAAGUUACUUGCUAAGGCUACAGCAGUAGAAGAACGCAAGGCAGAAAUCCUUAAACAACUUCAAGAACAACUUUCUUAUCGUGAAGAACUCAAGUUAUUAGCUGAUGAGUUAGCUACUUCAGAAAUUACAGCAGAUGACUCUAACAAGAAAAAGGCAGCUGAACGCAAGACUCGCCAAGAACGUCAUAAAUCACAUCGCUUAGCUACAGCCGAAUUAGAAAAGAAACAAAAAUUACAUGAAAAAGCUAUUCGUCAACAAAUUGAUAAACUUCGUCAGAUUGAAGCUGAAUUGGCUGAACGCAUGGAAGAAUUAGAUGCUUUGGCCGAAAAGAGAGGUGAACGUAGAUCAGAAGAAGAAAAGAAAGGUGUCAAGAAGCUUGGUAAAUACACUGUACCUGAAUUACCAGUGGAUGUCCAAUUAACAGAAGAAUUGUGUGAGACACUUCGUCAAUUAAAAGUAAGGCAGAAAAAAAAAGAGUAGAAAGUGAAAUUAAUAUGUACAUUUUUAGCCUGAAGGAAAUAUGUUUCGCGAUAGAUUUCAUAGCAUUCAAAAACGUAAUAUUAUUGAACCUAGAAUACCAGUCAAUCCAAGCAGAAAAUACAAACUCAAGGAAUACGAAAGAAGAGCUUACAAGAAUUUUGAUCAAAUGGAAGCCAUUAAAAAGAAGAGAGCAUUAAAGAAAUAAAUAAAUAAAAAAGAGUAUAUAUUUAUCCGUUAA